AUGACAUCGAACCCUCCUCAGUCGGGCGUUCAAAAAGGACAGAGCACCGCUACUACCUCCCCUUCGCCCGCCUCCAACACCCCCCUGGCCGCGACUGCUUCGGCGCCGUCCAGGUCCUACGCCAACGCCACGAAGAAGUCCGCGACGGACUCGAUCGCCGCUCCCGUCACCGUGGGUGGCUCGGCGCAACAUGGGAAGUCGACUUCCGUGUCUCCUGUGAACGGCAAACCCAUGCAAAACCAACAGACCCAGCAGGCAGCUUCGGGUGUCACCAUCGUGAAUGGCGCCCCGACUGCUCCUGCUGCUUCCCAGGGCGACCACUCGCGCAAGCCCUCCGUGACUAUCACUUCGGCUGGCACCUCGGGCUACAUCCCUAACGGCGGUCCCGCCAGUCGUCCCAACAGCCUUCAGUUCGGGUUCGCCAACCAACAGAGCUCGCCCAACAUGGGAAACCCUGCGCUUGCCUCCAGUCAGUCGCAAUCCGGCCUGAAUGCUCCGUCUGCGAACCCGCGUGUCACUUCGCCUCAGACUUCUCCCUCCCCGAUCCCACAGCCCGCCUCCAGCGGUGGCCGCCCCCCCUCCCUCGACCUAUCAGGCAGGAAAUCCCUGUCCCCUGUUCCUCUUGCUGUGAAUACUUUUUUUCGUCGAAACAUUGGGUGUGCGCGUGGUGGCGUCUCGCGCGAGUAUGUGCGGGACGCGACCGCGCCAAAGCUUGCCCCAGGACCCCCACGUUUUAACUCGUCGCUCACACUGUUUCUUUCAACUCCACAGGCUCCUCUCGGUCCCGGUCCUCAGCACCUUCGUCGCGAAUCUUCCCAGUCGACCCACAGCGAUAUGAGCAACCAUAUGGGCUCUGGCCCUGGACGUGGUGGCUACCCUCACCAGGGCGGCCGUGGUCGUGGAUAUUCUCAGUCUAACUACCAGGGACAGCCCUACUCGCCCGGCCCUACCUUCCGCCCUACUCCCAACCAGCCUCGCGGUGGUCACAACAUGGGCCCUCAGUUCCACGGCCCGAACCAGGGUCGCCCGAUGGGCUUCCCCAACUCGCCGCACCAGGCAAACCGCAGUCCCGCGCUCGCCAAUGCGCAUCCCAACCCCACUACCCCCCAGAUGAACGCUGUUCCCAUGCACAUGCCGCCCCAGGGCUACGGCUAUAACCCGAACAUGGGUCCCCAAAUGGUAACUACACCCUCUCAUCCUUUUUCUCAGCGCGGGCGUCGCAAUUUCAACAGAGGCCGCCGAAACACCUCGAUCCCUUAUGGAUUUGAUACCCGAAAUGGUGCCGGUAAUGGCACGGGCUACCCCCCAGUGAUGCCCCAACCUACCCCCCAAACUAUACCCCCAGGCUACCCUCCUUACGAUCCUACCUACGGUUACGGAUACCCUACCGGCUACAUGGCUCCCCAGGGACAGUAUAUGGCUCCUCCCUCGCCUCAACCCCGUGCCGGUCUGCCGUACAACCCCCAGGCCGCCGGAUUCAUGCAGGGCCAGUAUCCCGUUCAGCCACCGCCGCAGUCGACUCCUCUCUCGCGCACGCCCUCUCAGAUGUCUACUGACCGUCCUGGGUCAAGCCUUGGUCAACCCGCUCCGGGUACCCCAGGUGCUACUCACGCUCACACCGGUAGCAGAACUUCUAACAGCCCUGCGCCGAACAAGCCCAACUUCAUCAUUCCCGCGAAAAAGAGCGCCAUUGUCAUCAAGGAUCCCAGCGGUGCUGUCAAGACUUUCGAGAAGACCCCCGCCUCCCCGGCUCGCGCCACACCCUCUCCUGUUAAGAUCUCCACGCCUCCCACAUCGACGCCGCCUCCCCGAACCGCUAGCGCCGCUGAUCACUCUCGCACCGAGAGUAAGGUCGCUAGCAGCAAGACCGACGAGGAGAAGAAACAGGAGUUGAAGGACGCUGUUCGCCAGAAGAUCCAGGAGGAUGAGGCUGCCCAGAAGCGCCAGGCUGAGGAAGCUGCUCGCAAGAGCGCCGAGGAUACCAAGGCUGCUGAGCCCAAGAAGGAUGAUGCCGCUGAGUCUGCUCGUGCUGCUAUGGAGGACUUGAGCCUGAAGGAGAAGGCUGCCCCUGUUGAACGGGCCGCCCCUGCUGAGAAGGCCAUUCCUGCUGAGAAGGCUGCCCCGGUUGCGAAGGCUGUCCCCGCUGAGAAGGCUGCACCUGCUGAGCAGCCCAAGAAGGCCGCUGCUCCCCCUCCUCCCGCCGAUGAGGAAGAGAUCGACUUCGAUGCUAUUGAGCGUGAGAUGGCCGAGAUUGAGGCCAAGGAGCGUGCUGCGGAGGAAGACUACAACCGCAAGAAGCAGGAGAAGAAGGAGGCUGCCGAGCGCAAGGAGCGCGAAGACCGCGAGAACUAUGAGGCGAACAUGAAGAAGGCCGAGCGGGAGGCUGAGGAGCGUGAGCUCGCCCGCGAGGCAGCUCGUGCCAAGGGCGAGACCGUCAACGAUGAGUCCAAGGAUCUCUUUGCAUCUCUGAAGACGGGCGGCUUCGGUGCCACCGAGAGCUCUACCCCCGGCGACAGUGGUGCUGCCACUCCUGUUUCAUCUGACAUGUCUAUGGGUCCCCCGGCUAAGCCCGCCAGUGCCACUGGCAAGAAGCCUGUUGGUCUGAAGCUCGACACCCCCAAGCCCACCGAGCCCCUUCAGCCCAGUGCUGCCAUGAAGUCUCUUCAGAACGCCAAGUAUCUGGAAGACCUCAGCAAGGUCACAUACCCCUCCGCCUUUACCCCCCCGGACGCUGCUUUGAACGCCUCUUCUCCCGUCGGCCGUAAGUUCCACUACGACCGUGACUUCUUGCUUCAGUUCCAGGCUAUCUUCAAGGAUAAAAUCUCCGUUGACUGGGAUUCUCGUGUCCGUGAGACUGUUGGUGACAGUGACUCCUCUGCUCGCCCCCAAUCUGCUCGCACCCCCAGCAUGGGUGGCCGCUCCAACUCCCGUAGCGCCAUGGGAACCUUCCCCGGCUCGAUGGGUCAGUUUGGCCAGCCCGGAAACCGCCACAGCAUGCCUCCCGUCAACUCCGGCAUGGGUCGUGGUGGCUUCCCCGGUAGCUUCCCCGGUGGCCCUGGCAUGCGUGGCAUGGGUACUCCCUCCAUAAGCCGCAGUGCCUCUGGCGUGGGUGGCCCCAUGUCUCCCCGGAAUGUCUCCAGCAAGGGCCGCAAUGCCUCCAAGGCCAAGCACGGUGACAAGAAGGAGCAUGAGCACAACAAGUCCAUGCCUCUCACUGCUGGUAUGGAUCUGAAGGCUCUCGAGAUCUCCACCACUGGUUGGAAGCCCCGCAGCAUCGGUCAAGCUUCCGCUGCCGGCCCUGCUCCUGGUGGCGAAGGCUACCUCGCUCCUGAUGUCGUGCAGCGUAAGGUCAAGUCUCAUUUGAACAAGAUGACACCUGAGAAGUUCGACCGUAUUGCCGAUCAGAUUCUCGAGAUCGUUUCUCAAUCAAAGGACGAGUCCGAUGGCCGCACCCUCCGCCAAUGCAUCCAGUUGGUGUUCGAGAAGGCUACCGAUGAAGCCCACUGGGCGCCUAUGUAUGCCAAGUUCUGCAAGCGUAUGCUUGAGAGCAUGAGUUUGGACAUCAAGGAUGAGAACAUCCGCGACAAGAAUGGAAACGUUGUUGCUGGUGGCAAUCUCUUCCGCAAGUACCUGCUCAACCGUUGUCAGGAGGAGUUCGAGCGCGGUUGGAAGCUCAACCUGCCCGAGAAGCCUGAGGGUGUUACUGAGGAGAUCGCCAUGCUGUCCGACGAGUACUACGUUGCUGCUGCUGCUAAGCGUCGUGGCCUUGGUCUCGUCAAGUUCAUUGGUGAGCUUUACAAGCUGGGCAUGUUGACUGAGCGUAUCAUGCACGAGUGUGUUAAGAAGCUGGUUGACUAUGAGGGUAUGCCCGAUGAGGCAGAGGUUGAGUCUUUGACCUCUCUUCUGCGCACCAUCGGUUCCUCUCUAGAUGCUUCCGAGCGUGGCCACGCUAUGAUGGAUGCUUACUUCGCCCGUAUUAACCUUAUGGUUGAAACACCUAAUCUUCCUAGCCGUCUGCGUUUCAUGCUUUUGGAUGUCAUUGAUCUUCGUGCCAAGCGCUGGGCUUCUAAGGAUGCCGACAAGGGUCCCAAGACCAUUACACAAAUUCGCGAGGAGGCCGCUCGCGCCCAGCAAGAGGCUGAGGCGGAGCGCCAGCGCCAGCAAGCUAACCGCGGCGGCGGUGGCCGUCCCCAGAUGGGACGUGGUGAUGCUCGCGGAUUCAGCUAUGGAGGCCACCAGGCACCCCCGCCCGACUACGCCUCCAGCAAGGUUGGUAGUGACGACCUUCGCCGUCUCCGCGCUACCCGCAGCAACACCAACCAGAGCACUCCCUUCGGCUCCAGCCUCCUCGGCUCGCGCAGCAGCAGUGGCCGCAAGAACCUGGGUCCCGGCGGCAGCCUAGUCCGCGGCAGCGACGAUAGUGCCGCCAGCAGCCGCAGUGGCACUCCCGCUGGCAAGAAGGAGGACAAGGAUGCCUCCUCUUCUAUGAACGCUUUCAGCGCCCUUGCUGCACUGGAAGACCGCGAUAACAUGGCCACCUCCCCGCCUUCAAACCCUACCUCCCCGGCUCUUACCAAGUCGCAGCCCGCCACUGAGCGUCGGCCCUCAAAAACCCCGUCGAAGGAUGACGAGAACGCAGCAUAG